AUGUCUGAAGUCGAAGCACAACAACCAGUCGAACAAUACGAGGAGGAGAUUGUCUCUGAACCAGUGGAGGUCAAGUUCGUCGAGCUUGCCACUCCUAUCCCUAAAGACAUCCAGGCCGGUACCCAAGAGGUGAAGCUGUUCAACAAGUGGUCUUUUGAAGACGUCACCGUCAAGGACAUCUCUCUGACCGACUACAUCCAAAUCAGACAGCCAGUGUACGUUUCCCACACUGCUGGCAGAUACGCCUCCAAGAGAUUCAGAAAGGCUCAGUGUCCUAUUGUCGAGAGAUUGACUAACUCUCUGAUGAUGAACGGUAGAAACAACGGUAAGAAGCUCAAGGCUGUGAGAAUCGUCAAGCACGCCAUGGAGAUUAUCAACGUGCUGACUGAGCAAAACCCACUCCAGGUCAUUGUUGACGCCAUCGUCAACACCGGUCCUAGAGAAGACUCCACGAGAAUUGGAUCUGCUGGUACCGUUAGAAGACAAGCUGUCGAUGUCUCUCCUCUCAGAAGAGUCAACCAGGCCAUUGCUCUGCUGACCAUCGGUGCCAGAGAGGCUGCUUUCAGAAACGUCAAGACCAUUGCCGAGUGUCUUGCUGAGGAACUGAUUAACGCCGCCAAGGGCUCUUCUACCUCGUACGCCAUCAAGAAGAAGGACGAGCUGGAGAGAGUUGCCAAGAGUAACCGUUAA